GACGCUGGUGCAACUAUGGAGAUGCACCUCUUCCUUCGACGAGCUCGUCCAUCUCCUGGCGCAAUACUGAUAUCACGGUCUGCCUAGUCAAGGCAGAUGAUGCUUGCAAGCACAUUUGAUUGGCCUAAGCGAACAUGGCGUUUCUCAUGCGUCAACUCAGCCUCAGCGAGACAACUUCAGAUAUGGCGCAGUGCGCUGCUCGUAAUCUUGGAAAUGGGCGUUUGAGGAGGCUGACUCUUCACCAAGAACGUGACUUAUCACCAUUGUAACUGCUUGACAGCCGUAACAUCUUGAAGCGGAAAGUCCCCUUUCUCGCUGUACGCUAGCGCCCCGACAGAUGGCGGAGAUUGGUGUCCUUACAAACGUUGCGCAGAUCAUCGGCGCUGGACUUGCCCUCUCGAAGACGCUUUACGAUUUCGCCGUCGUUCUGAGCACAGCCGGCCGCGAUGUAAAAGACCUGGCGACCGACAUCAGCCUUUUCUGCUCAGUGUUGAAACAGGUACAAUCGACGUUGACAAGGGCGCGAGCUUACCGAUUGUCACUGUCGGCCCUACAAGCGGCGCAAGAUGUCAUUGAUCGCGCCCAGGUCAUUUUUGGGGAUCUCGACUCGACUAUCAAGAACUUCCAGAAACGAGAUUCGAACCUAGACCUCCUGGCACGGGUUAAAUGGUUCUUCACGGGGAAGCGAGUUCUCCUUGUCCACGAGCAACUCAAGGCGUGUGGAACCACACUACAAUUAAUGCUUACUACACUCGUGCUUGCUCAAAAAGUUGCCAGCAGACGGUAAGAAGCCUCCGGAUUAAUCGGCGGUUCCGUUGACGAUGUUAGCCACUCACCGCUCAGUGAAGAUGACGAGGAUGCACAAGACCGACUGAUCACGCAGCAACUA